AGAGAGCGAGAGAGAGCGAGAGAGCAGACCAUCUGUGAAUCACAUCAAGGCAGCUGUGGUUAGAGUGGACUGCAGUUCUUUCACGAACGAGAGGCAGAGGGGGACAGAAGUGGAGAGAAGGAGAGAGAGAAGGACAAAAGGAGAGGGGGCCUGGGUGAGUUUCCAAGCCCAGGACGGUGAACCCUGAUCAGGGGGACUUUCAGGCGACAGUGGGGUUAGACCAGGCCCCUGGAGUUCCUUUGGAAAAAUGAGGAACUCUGAGAAGACAGUGUUUAGGCACAGGUGAAAAUCAAAUGAAUCCUGACUCUAAUGGAUUCUGCGAUUACAGCAUGGAUUGAAUUUUUUUUCUUCUCAUCUAAAGGGACAUUUACGUUUUUUCUGUGGGCGUUUUUCUGUGUGGAAAUGUGUUGCUUUUUUCUACAUGAAUUUGGAGUUUCAAAUCUUUCUAGUGUGGAUUUUAAGGAGGCUGUUUAGUUGACUCUGGGGAUCUGAAACUGCCCCACUCAUCUGAAGGGAUAUAAUCAACAUUCUGGAGUUUUUUUCAAGUAUGGAUUUUGCGUGCACUAACUGAGAGUGCUUUGUAACCUUGGUAACCAAGCGGUAACCAGGCGUCAACUGAGCGGUAACCAUGGCAGCAGCCUAUCGCGUGGUAGUGAGCAGUGUUAGUUGCUAUAGCAGCGUGGUGGUGGAUCGUCGGGCUCAGAGUCACGCGGUGCACUACUGCUCCGGGUCAUGUGGGGCGCUGUCCCAGGGACUGGACUGUACUGUAGCCCACCGCAGCACCUGCUCCGAGCUGCUGACCGCCCCCGAACACACACACACUCACACACACCCCGACCCCUCACACACAUUCACACACAACCUGACCCGAAACACUAACUCUCCUCAUCAAAACUUCAACACCUGUAAACUUAGUAUCACCAGCUCUAACGGGAGUAUUGGUGUUCCUAAUGAUCCCCUCUCUAACAGUGUUUAUGGUGUGGUUGGUGAGGACAGUCCUCCAUGGCGAGGUAAGAAGAACAACACUACUACCAGCUCUAGUCCUGACCGGCCUCUCCAGAGCUCUGCCAGUCUGAAGGACAUCACAGGAGAAGCCAUCAACCUGGCCAGUGGCAAACUCAAAGAGUUCUCCUUCGAGAAGCUCCGCCUCUCCACCAGUCACGUGACCUUCAGGAAAGGUCGCAAGGUAAGGCCGGACUCCUACAGCCGUCGGUCCACGGACCUCGACAUCGUCUAUGGACACUUCACCGGGAACGUCGGAGGAACCGGGAAUGGGACUAUUACCGGAAAUGGAAACGCCAAUGAUGAGAACCUGCCGCCUUUCAGCGACACCCCCAAGGUGCUCAAAGGCCUAUCGCCUGCUAGCAUCACCGCCGGGGGCGGGUCUCUAUCCUCAACCAGCCUAUCCAGCGUCUCCAGGGGCGGGUCCACCGGUAGCCUAUCCAGCGCCUGCUCCGGUUCCUUGGAGGCGGGGCUAAACACAGUGGCGUCUCUCUACCUCAGCUCAUUGGCCGACGAGUCCCUCAUCGCCCGGUUACUGGAGAAGACCCGUGCAGGGGAGGAGGGAGGAGUGGGAGGAGCAGGGGGGGAGGACAUACGUGCCUGUCUGGACAUUCUGGUCAAGUGUUCUGAGGACUUGAAGAAAUGUACGGACAUCAUCAAGCAGUGUAUCAGUCGGAAGAGUCCCGGGGGAGGGGAAGAUGGGGGAGCCAGCCCUGAGAGCAUCUACAGAGCUGUAAUGACCAGACUGAGCUCCUACCUGAAGAAACUGCCUCUAGAGCUGGAGGGGGCUGGGUUAGGGUUAGGGUCAGGGGCUGGAGGUCAAGGGUCAGGGAUUGGAGGUCAUAGCGAGUUGGCCGAGCUGGUUAGUAGUCUGCAUAUGCUGCAGCAAGCUGCUGUCCCCUUCUCACCCAUAUUUGGGAAUGAUCAACCGCCACGGUAUGAAGACAUUGUUCAGAAUCCUCCCUUACCCAAGAGCAAGGCUAUACUGGCAUCCUCAUCCAUCGCUCCAGACUCCUCUCUCUCUUUGUCCACUACACCUGAGACAGCAGGGAGACAUAAGGUUCAGACCAACGGGCUGCAGCACACACACUCUCCCUCACCGCAUACACACACAUUGUCCAUUUCUACCCCUCCAUCCCAGGCACACACACCUUCAUCACAAACACACACUCCGUCAGCGCGUGCACCCACUCCGUCCAUCUCCCCCAUGGAGGCUCUCUUUAUUGAGGAGGAUGCAGACCUGGGAAGGGGGCUGAACAGGACUUCCAGACACACACACUCACACACACCGACCAGAAGCCUCACACACACUCACAGUCGGAACGGGACAGCUUUUAGUCCACACACACCCCCCAGCUCCGCACACACACACCUCAGCCCCAAUCUGCCACACGCACACUUUACAUACACACUCCAGUCCACCGGUGAAGCACUCACCUCCCCCCCAACCUCCAAACACACCGCUCCUGUCACUCAUAAAGACGACGACAUCGAUAAACUUCUGAUGGACUUGGAGUGUCUGUCACAAAGCAUGGGUCGGGAGAGAGACAGAAUCAGAGAGGGAGAGAGCGAAAGAGAGAGGGAGCCUCCUCUCCCCGCUAAGACCAGACAGAGGGGGACAGGACAGGGGAUCACCUCCCCACAAACCCAACCCUCUCUCCAGACACAAACCCAAAUCAACCCCCAGGCUCAAAGGCCUGUUCCUGUUCGCCACCUAACCGCUAACGCCCAGGCCACUAGGUCGACCCCCAGCUCGCCUGCUCCUCUCCCCAAGGCAGAGGGCAGCGUGGUGGGGCUGGGAGAUGAGGAGGACGGGGCCCUGCUGCUGAGGAUACUGGAGAGCAUUGAGAGCUUUGCCCAGGAGCUGGUGGACUCUGGGGGUAGUCCUGGGAACACCGGGAAGACUGGGGCUCAGAGCAAAGAGAAGGAGGUGAUGAGACUCCUACAGGACAAUCUGGCUACUGCAGCGAAGACUGACACUAUGACACAGACACAGGCCAAACUACCGUUAUCUCCACCAGCUGGUCAAGGUGAUUGUCCAUAUCUAUCUAUUCCCAUCCAUGGUAUUGUGUAUGUGUUGCAUGGUUCUGUGUUCUAUGUAUGUAUCUGAACUGAACUGUGCCUUUACCUACAGAUGGACCUGUAUCCACAUCUGUACAUGUGGCUGCCUCCACACCUGCACCAAGACCUACAGCUGGAGCUGUUCCUGUGGCUUUACCUGUCUCUACAGCUCCCACACCUGUCCCUGUCCCUGUCCCCAAACCAGUCCCUGCCCAUAUCCCCACAACCCUAGCAGAGUCUUCUGCCCUGCCCACACCUGUUCCACCACCUACAGUCGUACAGUCUACAGUUGGACUGUUAGAGGCCACUACACUCGAACGUACACCUGUAGAAGGUCCUACAGCUGAACUGACAGCUGGACUUACCACCAAGGCCACCCCUCCACCGUCUGUAACACCUCUCCCCUCCCCUGUCCCGCCCCCUACACCCACACCUGCAGAGGCACCUGUUGCUACCAUCGCUGCUCCUGUUGCCGUGAGACACCCGGUUGCCCCUAGCGACGCGGUUGCCCUGAGAGACAUUGGCUCGACGCUGCUCAUCCAGCAGACGCCCGAGGUGAUCAGAGUGAGUACCACUGACCGACGUGUGUGUGUGUGUGUGUGUGUGUGUGUGUGUGUGUGUACCAGACUGUCAGACUUCUAUUAGUCAGGUCUGCCUGCCUCUUAUGCGUGAAAGGCUCUUCCUCUGCCACUACAGCUGUUGAAGGAGACUACUUUCUCUAUGUGUUCUAGUUGAGAGAUGUAUUGCUGGUUGGAUAUGUGUUUAUGUUCUAGCUGAGAGAGGGAGAAAGAAGAAGGGAGAGAGAGAGGGAGGUAGAGAGAGGGAGGUAGAGAGAGGGAGGUAGAGAGAGGGAGGUAGAGAGAGGGAGGUAGAGAGAGGGAGGUAGAGAGAGGGAGGUAGAGACAGAGAGAGGAGGAAAGGACGAGGUGGAGACGAAGUGGUGGCCAGCUCUCUCCUCUCCUCUGGAAUGUUUGGGGUAAUUUAGGGCUUUGUGCUGUCACGGGAAACAGAGAAUUACUGCUCUGUGUUUGUGUGUUUGUGUGUGUGUGUGUCAGUAUGUUAACGUGGAAGGUACUUUAGGUUCCUGGGUGUUCUGUCAGUGCUGGGUGUCAUGGUAAGGUCAUAAAUACAGUGCCUUCAGAAAGUAUUCAUACCCCUUGACUUAUUCCACCUUUUGUUGUGUUACAUCCUGAAUUCAAAAUGGAUUAAAUAUAUUUUAUCUACACACAAUACCCCAUAAUGACAAAGUGAAAACAUGUUUUUAGAAAUGUUUGCAAAUGUAUUGAAAAUGAAAUACAGAAAUAUCUAAUUUACAUAAUUAUUCACAUCCCUGAGUCAAUACAUGUUAGAAUCACCUUCGGCAGCGAUUACAGCUGUGAGUCUUUCUGGGUAAGUCUCUAAGAGCUUUCCACAUCUGGAUUGUACAAUAUUGCACAUUAUUCUUUUUAAAAUUCUUCAAGCUCUGUCAAGUUGGUUGUUGAUCAUUGCUAGACAACCAUUUUCAAGUCUUGCCAUAGAUUUGCAAGCCAAUUUAAGUCAAAACUGUAACUAGGCCACUCAGGAUCAUUCAAUGUUGUCUUGGUAAGCAACUCUUCCAGUGUCUGUUGGAAAGUAGACUGAACCAGGAUUUUGCCUUUGUUUAGCGCUAUUCAGUUUAUUUUUAUUCUAAAAAACUCCCUAGUCCUUGCCGAUGACAAGCAUACCCAUAACAUGAUGCAGCCACCACCAUGCUUGAACGUAUGGAGAGUGUUAUUUUAUUGCCUUGUUGCAAACAGGAUGCAUGUUUAAAAAAAAAAAAAGAAUCUGUACAGGCUUCCUACUUUUCACUCUGUCAUUUAGGUUAGUAUUGUGGAGUAACUACAAUGUUGUUGAUCCAUCCUCAGUUUUCUCCUAUCACAUCCAUUAAACUCUGUAACUGUUUUAAAGUCAUCAUUGGCCUCAUGGUGAAAUCCCUGAGCGGUUUCCUUCCUCUCCGGCAACUGAGUUAGGAAGGACGCCUGUAUCUUUGUAGUGACUGGGUGUUUUUUUUUUAAAUCUACCAAUAGGUGCCCUUCUUUGUGGUUGAAUCAGUGUUUGAAAUUCACAGCUCGACUGAGGGACCUUACAGAUAUUUGUGUGGGGUACAGAGAUGAGGUAGUCACAUUAAGCACUAUUAUUAAACACAGAGAGAGUCCAUGCAACUUAUUAUGUGACUUGUUAAGCACAUUUUUACUCCUGUACUUAUUUAGGCUUGCCAUAACAAAGGGGUUGAAUACUUAUUGACUCAAGACAUUUCAGCUUUUCAUUUGUAAUUAAUUUGUAAAAAUGUCAAGAAACAUCAUUCCACUUUGACAUUAUGCGGUACUGUGCGUAGGUCAGGGACACAAAAUCAAAAUUUAAUCAAUUUUAAAUUCAGGUUGUAACGCAACAAAAUGUAGGAAAAGUGAAGGGGUAUGAAUACUUUCUGAAGGCACUGUAGGUGGCCUACAUAUCAGCAGGGAGUAAGGUUACACAGCAUGGUCAAUAAACAGACAGGAGAGGUAGAAGGAAAGAGAGAAGGAGGGAUGACAAGGAGAGAGAGAGAGAUAGAGAGAGAGAUGAUGAAGUGGUCCUCUCACAGGAUCUUCUCUCUGAUUGGUUGAAGUGUUAUUUUGGGACCAGUCUCUGUUGUUGCAGUGUCACAGGCAGAACGGGAGUGUGUGUGUGUGUGUGAGGUGCUGAUUGGAGCACAGCAGGAGAGGGUGGGGGCUGUUGGCAUUGGGAAUGUUAAUGGUGUCGUUACCAAACACACACACACACACACACACACCAGGCUGACAGAUAGAGGUGUGAUGGGGACCUAAAUCUGUCUACUACGGCAUCCUGCUAACAGACUCACUGUCGCCACAGUGUAAACGGACCCUGUGUGUGUGUGCGUGUGUUUGUGUGUGCGUGUGUCUGUCGCCAAAGGGUAGGCUGACCCAUUGCUACUGUUAGGUCACAGCUGAGUUUAGGAAUAGCUCUGUGUGUGUGUGUGUGUGUGUGUGUGUGCUUUCUGACACCCAAUGCCUCUAUGGCACUCUGAGAAUUAUGCAAAUACACCCCAUCGCCAACCCCGCCCCAUGUCCUAAUUAAACAUUACCCUGCCAAUCACACUGAAGUGUGACACGGGUCCAAAGGCGGUGUGUUUGUGUGUUUGUGUAUGUGUGUGUGUGUGUGUGUGUUUGUGUGUGUGUGUGUGACAGAGUAAUAUAGGCCUUUCUGCACCUGUCAGAGUGUUCCCAUUAAUCACCAUGGAGACCAGGGCCAGGCCAGAUAAAUCCAAGGCCAGGCAAGCCUGUCGCACGCAGAGCAGAGAGCAAGACAAGACUAGCAGAUCAGACAGCAGAGAGCAGACUAGCCAUUUGGAUAGCCGACGGUCCUCCUACCCUCCUACAGUGACUGCAUUUCAAAUGGCACCCUAUUCCCAUGACCAGGGCCCUAGGCAAUAGGGUGCCAUUUGGGACGAAGCCAGGCUUUGGCUCCAACACUUACACCAAUCCAAAGCUUUUAAAUUCAACAGGGGGAGUGAAUGAGUGGCCGUGACAAGUUACUGCUCUACAGGAAAGACCCAGCGCAAAAUACAAUAAAGCUGAAGGAAAACGUGUGAGAAAGAGAAGAGGUCGACAAGAUGAAUGUAGGGGUAAACAGCAGGGGUUGUUGUCUUUGGGUUGGUACUUAAUGACAUCACCUCCCGACUGCUUCCACAGGAAAUGAGGUCACAGCAGGAAGCUCAGCCAAGCGGUGAGAGAAGCCCCCUCCCCCUCUUUCCCUCUCCUUCUCUCUCUAACACACAAACACACACACACCUUGGACUCAUGGAGUCUGUGUUGCUAUGUGUAAGGAGUUUCCAACUCUGACAAUAGCCUCCAAGGUUAGCCACCCCCACACACACACACACACACGUAGCCUCCAGUCCCAUGGUGACAUCAUACACCACUCCCAGUGCAGGCUGGGAUAUUGUCCAAUACACACAGACACAUAGAAAGAGAGAGAGAGAGAGAGAGAGAGAGAGAGAGAGAGAGAGAGAGAGAGAGAGAGAGAGAGGAGAGAGAGAGGGAGAGAGGAGGAGAGAGAGAGAGAGAGAGAGAGAGAGAGAGAGGCAUGAUAUACAUUGUUACACAUACAAGAGAUCUAAAGAACUACACUUGACACCAUCACAUUCCUCUGCGCACACACACACAACACACAGGCACACAGACACACACUCUGCACGUACACUCUGCACACACUUUUUAUACCUGAGGUCACCUUUUUGCUGUUUGGCUUAGAGGAAAGGAUUUACAGUCUCUCCGAUCACCUUAGCAACCAUUGUCUGUUUACACAACUUCCUACAUUUGUAAUAAUUGUGUGUGUGUGUGUGUGUGUGUGUGUGUGUGUCCUGCAGCUCUCUGCUGCCAUCUAGUUUUAGUCUGCUGUUAACACACAGAGUUAAACAGGAGACAUUCACCAGGGGCGACUUCAUCCUCCUCCUGCUUCAUCUAGGAGCUCUGCCUCCAUCUGUUGGAGGAGAGGGGUACUGCAGUACAAGAGGUCUGUUGGAGGAGAGGGGUACUGCAGUACAAGAGGUCUGUUGGAGGAGAGGGGUACUGCAGUACAAGAGGUCUGUUGGAGGAGAGGGGUACUGCAGUACAAGAGGUCUGUUGGAGGAGAGGGGUACUGCAGUACAAGAGGUCUGUUGGAGGAGAGGGGUACUGCAGUACAGGAGGUCUGUUGGAGGAGAGGGGUACUGCAGUACAGGAGGUCUGUUGGAGGAGAGGGGUACUGCAGUACAGGAGGUCUGUUGGAGGAGAGGGGUACUGCAGUACAGGAGGUCUGUUGGAGGAGAGGGGUACUGCAGAUCAGGAGGUUCAGUCUUUCUAAAGCAGGCAGGGGUGCUCAGACAGCUCCACAGGUGUACAGGGGAGGGGAGGGUAAAGGAGGAGAGGAGAGAUGGAGGAGCAGGUGUUUAUCUGGAUCUGAGUGUGUCUAGAAGAGAGAGAGAGAGAGGGGGAGAGAGAGGGGGGGAGAGAAAGAGAGAAAUAAUGUAUAUGUUACAGUGCAAUCUGACAGGUUUCUGACAUAGUUAGGAAAUAGUCAGUGUUAUGUGGUAACUACUGGGUCUGGUCAGCUUCCAACUUAGACACAUAGUGCCCUCUUGUCUGCUUGUGUGUGGGCGUGCGCAUGCGUGUGUGUGUGUGUGUGUGUGUGUGUGUGUGUGUGUUGGGAGAGGAAGUGAGUCUGGGAAUAGAGCAGAGAUGUGAAAUGCGUUUCCUCGUUGUUGGCACGGUUACCCUGCGAACAUUCCGACCGAUGCAGCCAAUCCAAGCCAAGGGUCGUUACCACGGAGAUGGCAUUUGGCAUGCCUAUUUUCAAGUGUGUGUGUGUGUGUGAAGUCUGCCUAGUUCUUGCUUCAGAAAUAAGCCUAUAGAGUUAAGCCAACCCCUUGUCCAGUUGACAACAAUAAAGGACGUCACAGUGGCACUGACAGUUAAUUCUAUGGCACUUUCAUAAAUGUUGUUGUGAAAACAAGUAUCUAACAAUAAUAUGAAAUAUCCAACAGUUCUGGAUUUGAGUGCACAAGCCACUCAAACUAAUUGUAACACUCUCCUUACUCCACACCUUACUGACAAAGUACUUCCAGCUUUAGCACUAGCUAGCGCUGGUAGAUAAGGGAAGCUAGCAUGUGUUGAAGGUUUAUUGACUUUUCUCUGAAAUAUUGCUGUAAUUUCACAUAAUGGUUCCACUUUGAAGGAAUAACAACUUAUCGGCUUUAGUAAUUGUUUACUUAAAAGUGAAGAGAUUAGGGGAGGGGAGAGGAGGAGAGGGGAGGAGAGAGGAGGAGAGGGGAGGAGAGAGGAGGGGUUGGAAAGAGAAAAGAGGAGGGUAGAGGAAAAGGGAGGGCAGGAGAGGGCAGAACGUGGCCUAGGGUGGUCUAGCGGACUGGUCUAAGCUGCUACCUCCGGUUCACAUAAACCACUGCAGCAUGGAUUCAAAUCCACUGCUUUCAGCACUCUCUUCUCUGCUCUUUUCACUUUUCUCUCUAUUUCUGUACUGCCCCACUCCUUUAUAAAGACAUUGAAAAGACAGAGAGGUGGUUUACGGAGAGAGAAGGCAGGUAAGAAGGAGAGAGAGUUAGAAGAGAGAAGGAGGUAAGGGCAGGAGAGAAGGAGGUAAGGAGCAGGAGAGAAGGAGGUAAGGGAGGAGAGAAGGAGGUAAGGGGAGGGAAGGAGGUAAGGGGAGGGAGAAGGAUGGUAGGAGAGGAGGAGAAGGAGGUAAGGGGAGGAGAGAAGGAGGUAAGGGGAGGAGAGAAGGAGGUAAGGGGAGGAGAGAAGGAGGUAAGGGGAGGAGAGAGGGAAGUAAGGAGAGGAGAGAAGGAGGUAAGGGGAGGAGAGAAGAAGGUAAGGAGAGGAGAGAAGGAGGUAAGGAGAGGAGAGAAGGAGGUAAGGGGAGGAGAGAAGGAAGUAAGGAGAGGAGAGAAGGAGGUAAGGGGUGGAGAGAAGGAGGUAAGGAGAGGAGAGAAGGAGGUAAGGGGAGGAGAGAAGGAAGUAAGGAGAGGAGAGAAGGAGGUAAGGGGUGGAGAGAAGGAGGUAAGGGAAGAAGAGAUGGAAAGAGAGGAGAGGCCUGUCAGCGAGGAAAAGAGCACGCAGCUGGGUCAAUGACAUCUGUUCAGGGUCCGCUUACACACACACACACACACACACACUGGUCUGCGCUUAACGCUGAGAUUUAUGACUCAACAAGUGCAGGGGCGCUCUAGGAAAAGAAAUCCAACUUUUUAGCUGUCACAAAUAGCAGAAUGGAUUAUUUUUUUUAAUGGUGCAAGCUGGAAUUCCAUUGCCAUCACAGUUUAGCUACAUACAGACAGUGAAAAACUGUAUGCUAAUGGAUGACCCUAGCUACUAAUAAUAGCACUCAGCAGUUGCAACAGAAAACCACAACAAAGUCGUGUGAGCCACAGAAUCCUUGAGACAACGUGCAUUGCAAAUCAUGCAGGCAAAGAGAGAGGCUUACAGUACUAUUUACAAGUAUUGGAACUUCUCCAGCUCUUGGAGGUGGCGCAGUGUGUGUGUGUUAUGGAUGUGACCUUGGCGUGAGAACACUGCACUUCUAAAUAAUUGUGUGUAUGUGUGUGUGUGUGUGUGUGUGUGUGUGUGUGUGCAUGCAUGUGUGCGUGCGUGGAGGGGGAGAGCUGAAAACGCAAGGUGACUCCGUCACUGAGGCUUUGUGUCAUACACACACACACACACACACACACACACACACACACACGGUGGGAUUAUUCCCUUCGUGUCUAACGUGUUUGAUGUUCCUGUUGUAACUCUCACACCCUGACCCACCUGUCAGCUACACAGCUCUGUUCAAUCCUACUACCAACUGGUACGUGUAACCAAUUCUCUCCUCCAACUUCCUGCAGCGUUUAGUUCCAGCCCUGCGCUAACAUACCUGAUUCUAUUAAUCAGCUGUUCAUCAGGACAUUGAUUAGCUGAAUCAGGUGAGUUAGAGCAGGGCUGAAACAAAAACCCUACACACCCAGUGGCUCUGUAGUAAGAGGAUUGGUUACCCCUGUAAUAGAUUGUAAGACUCUCCUCAUGUGGCCUUCUAGUCCCAACUAUAACUACUCUACUAGCAAUACACCUGAUAAGGCCAGUAGCCACAGAUGUUUUAUCCUUUGGUCACUGGACUGGGCACUGGUUGACGGGUUAGACGUACAGUAGCACUGCAGACCAGAAUUGAGGAUUGUAGGUCAUGCACAGCCACAGCCACUAGAUGGGGCUGAGCUAUCCUCCAGUCCAGACUUCACUCAGAACAUCCAGAAUACUGUUGAGGCUAACUUUAGCCAGAGAGGCUAGGGGAGUGGGGCAGGUGGGCAGGGGAGGGGGGCACACACACAGAUAUGCAACACGACCAAACCGAACCCCCUGCCCUACCCUUUUGCGCAGGACAGCCGGUGUGCUGUGUGUGUGUGUGUGUGUGUGUGUGUGUGUGUGUGUGUGUGUAUGUGUGUGUGUGUGUGUGUGUGUGUGGUGUGUGUGUGUGUGUGUGUGUGUGUGUGUGUGGUGUGUGUGUGUGUGUGUGUGUGUGUGUGUGUGUGUGUGUGUGUGUGUGUGUGUGUGUGUGUGUGUGUGUGUGUGUGUGUGUGUGUGUGUGUGUGUGUGUGUGUGUGUGUGUGCGUGCGUGUGUGUGUGUAUGUGUGUUUCGCAGCCAGCGCUCGGCCUGUCUCAUAUUUCCAAGAGCUGGUCUCUCAGUUUGAUUCUCAGAGCGACAGGCUACAGAAGGACUAUACCGUAGAACCAGAGAACCACAGGGGAGACGGGAACUUUUCUAGCACUCUGUUGGGCCACGUAUGGACACCGGCUGGCCCGCCGCUAUGGUUUUACGAGCUACGCUAGGAGCUAACACAUGGAACAUAUCAGUGCACACACGGAUCAGCUACGGACUCAACCCUGAGAGAGAGAGAAAAUAUAAGUGUGUCUGAGUGUAUGUCUACAUUAUUUGUCAAUAUUACAGUGUGUGUGUGGAAGUGAAGCAACAGGAAAGUUUGAGUGAGGAAGAGAGUGUGUGUGAGUGGCAGACAUUUAGUGAGAAGCAGCUAGCUGCAGGUGGACUCAGAGCCUACUCAGAACACUGUCCAGUUGGAUCUUCCUUCGUUUCUCUGUGCACUUAUUUUCUUCUCUUAGGGGACUGUUCUUUUCCUCCACUGGGUGUUCUGGUCUUCUUCAGUCUGUUCUCCUGGAUAUGUGAAAGGAAUCAUCCCUCGUUCCAUUGGACAGAAUGGAGAGAGUAAAAUACUUCAAAGAAACAAAAUAGAAAGCUGGAAACCAUUGCAUGGAGAGAGUGAAAAACUGAAAAGAAGAGAGAAUUGUCGAGCUGUGGUCUGUAGAUAGACUGUAGACUCCAUAGAUCUGUUGGUAGUCUAGUCAGUAGUCCUGUCUGUAAUUCUAUACCACGGCCGGUCCGUGGUUCAUCUGUCUCUCAGGGGGUUUUGCUCCACCCUCCACCGACACCAGCUGGGAAUCUGAUUGAACUUUGAACUUGAAGAUUCAUUUAACUUUGAACUUGAACCGCCACCUAAGAAACAGAUGCAAUAAAGUCAUCAUCAUCAUCAUCUUCAUCCUAUCAUCAUCAUGUUUAUCAAGGAGUCUAAAGAGACAUUACGGGGGGACCCUGAUCUAAGAUGUGAGCUAGCCUUCCUCUCCCGGGGCUGUGACUUCGUACUGCCCUCGCGCUUCAAGAAGAGAAUCAAGACGUUCCAGCAACUGCAGGCGCAGGUUGGUUAGUACUGGACUGGACUGGACUGGACUGGACUCACUGGAUGAGGCUGAUGCAUUAAACACACACACACACACACACAUCUGCAAUAAACACACACACGCACACGUUUGCAAUAAACAUCUGCAAUAAACACACACACGCACACGAAGACAUGCUAUUCUGAGGCAGAUACCAGAGUGGUAUUUUUAGUCCUGGGGGGCAGGAAUAGAGUGAUAGAAUGGAUGAGUGCAGAGAGGAGAGGAUAGGAGGGGGGGGGGGGGGGGGGGGGGGGGGGGGGGGGGGGGGGGGGCUGGUUCAGCUGUCCUACUUGAUACCCACCCAGUACAGACACCCAGCAGGGCGUAUAGGGCCUGUAACUUUGACACAUAACACAGUGCUUGAACCUUGUUUCAUGGUGUUGAAACAGACAUGCAUCAGUAUUUCUCUCAGGUGGUAUGCAUGCGGUAGACUGGUCGCUUAGUCACAACAGAUAUGUUUGUAUAGGGUAGUCUACUCCUACAGUUGUUGUUCAUUACCAUAGUUGUUGUUGUCCAGUGGGGAGGGGGUGUGGGGAUAUCUUUUUCCACUGCUACAGGCGGUUCAGGGUUUUGGGAAGGUGGUGUGCUUGUACAUCUGGUAAGCUGAGGUACACUUGUAAAUAAGACGAGUAGUGGAAAACAAGGAGAAAACAGAUUCAGGAAGUGGGGCAGUGUUAGUGGGGCUGGUGUGAUGUGGGGUGAGGGGUGAGUGAGUAGAGGUGAAUUGGUAUUGAUUUGGCUAUGUAUGAAAGUUGCAUUGUGCCAGUAAAGGUUGAUUUUAAAUCUCUCUCUCUUUCUCUCUCCCCCUCUCUCUUUCUUUCUCUCCCCCCUCUCUCUCUUUCUCUCUCCCCCCUCUCUCUUUCUUUCUUCAGGUCCAGUCCAACAAGCAAGAUAAGAAACCUGGCACACCUCCUCCAGCCCCUCUCUCCCCCACCCCCUCCAUUCCUCCCCACCACUCCCCCUCUCCUCCCCCCACCCCAGUCGUCCUCACCCCUCCUCCCCCACCUCCCUCUCCUCCCCCUGCCCUCAACAUUCCCCGCUUCUACUACCCCCGAGGGUUACCAGGGGCAACAAAAGUCAACCACGAUGCAGCCAUCACUGCCAUAGAAACAGCCUUCACAGAGUUUGAGGAGGAGAAGGCUGAUAUCUACGAGAUGGGCAAGAUCGCUAAGGUAACACACACACACAAACGCGCACACACACACUACAAUAUGAAAUGGGGGUGGGUGCUACAGGUCGGUGGUGAAAAAGUUGUUCUGUGUUUGUAGCUUUCUGUCAAUAGUUGUGGUUUAGCUGUCCAUCUUACUUCCUGUUGUGUGUGUAUUUGUUUUCAGGCAUGCGGCUGUCCUCUGUACUGGAAGGCCCCCAUGUUUAACGGAGCGGGAGGAGAGAGGACCGGCUUCGUCUCUGUUCACUCCUUCAUUGCUACCUGGAGAAAGUAAGAAGCCCUUUUUUCCCAAACCCUCUCCCUCCCCCUCCACCAUUCCCCCUCCGUUCCACCUCCCCACUCCUCCCCCAAUCCUUUUUCCACCGCCCACUCGGCUCCACCCUCUCCCCCCCCCCACUCCUCUCCCCCCAAAUCUGCUCCACUCCUUUCUCCACCCUGGGGCCCGGCUAAACCCCUCCCCAAAAAACCCACGCCAACCCCGAAAAACCCCGGGCCCCGGAGGGCGGUUGCGGGGGGAAAAGGGGAAGAGGGGGGGGAAAAGCCGGCCCAGCCUUUACAACCUCCCUCCUCCCAAAACCCCCGCUUAAAUCCCUCCCUCCAUCCCCCCUCCUCCCCUCACCCCAAAUCCACUCCACUCCCUCCCUCCCUCCCUCCCCCCCACCCCCUCCACCCCCUUUUUUUUCCCUUUUAUUUCCCCCCAAAAAUUAAAUCCCCUUUGAAAAUUCCCCCUUUUUUUUAUUUUUCCUUUUGUUUCCUCCUUCCUUGCUUUCCCCCCGGGACCAUGUAUGAAGGAAAAUUAACCCCUUGGGGAAGGGGUCUAUUAUUAAAGGGGGAAAAACCCUUAUACUUGGGGGGUUUCAUUCAGUUUCCCCUUUCCAAAUCCCCCCACGGGUUUUUGGGAAAGGGGUUAUUUUCCUUUCUUCUUCUUCUCUAAAGAAAGCGAACCCCGGGGGAAGGAAGGAGGAACAAAACAGGGGAGGUGAAGAAGGCUUAAAAAUGAGAGGAGAGGGGGCCCGAAAACAAAAGGGGGAAAGGGUUUAGAGGAAAAGCCCUCGCGAUGCCCCGAGGAAACGAAGAGAAAAGAGAGGGGAGAAGGGGGGGAGAAGAAGGGAGCAGAAGAACGCGUAUGGCUCUCGGGGGGGGCCCAAAAAGGGGGGCAAAGAAUACCCUGGGGAGAGAGAGAGAGAGAGGAGAGGGAGGGAGGGGGAGAAGAGAGAGGGAAAAGAGAGAAAAGCGGGAAAAGAGGGGAGAGGGGGAGGAGACCCGGGGAAGGAGAGAACCUCUCUCUCUCUCUCUCUCUCUCUCUCUCUCUCUCUCCUCUCUCUCUCUCUCCUCUCCCCCUCUUCUCCCCCUCUCUCUCUCUCUCUCUUCUCUCAUCUCCUCGCUCUCUUUGUAUGUGUGUGUAGGACAUAGUGGACACCCACCCAGGACUGACAUUCUUGAAGGAUGCCCCAGAAUUCCAUUCCCGUUACAUCACCACCGUGAGUGACGUCAUCCAUC